UCAACACAUGAUGUUAAAUAAUGCAAUAUUUUCUUAGCUUUCUCUUCUGUCAAAGCGAUUCAAGUUGAUUCAUGAUUUUAACUUCUUCCGACCGCCGUCAGCUUUACUGUCCGCAAUCCGCAUAAUUAUAUGAUUGUUGUUCCAACUUGGGAUGACACCCUUUUUUGUGGAAAAAAUCCCAAGUUACACAUGUUUUUAAAAAAAAUUCUCAAAAUACACACGUUAUGAAAAUAAUUCCCAAUCUACGUUAGUUUGAGCCAUCACCGCUGUCGACGAAGACAGUGAUUGCAUCACUGUUGUCGACGAAGACAGUGAUUGCAUCACUGUUGUCGACGAAGACAGUGAUUGCAUCACCGCUGUCGACGAAGACAGUGAUUGCAUCACUGCAGUACACGGCCGCGGUGAAGGCCUGACCUGCAUCGAAACUUUAAACAAACGUAACUUUGUGCUCGGUUAUCCGAUCGUAGCAAUUUUUUUUUAUUCCGCAUAAUUUUUCGAGAUCUUGCAAGCCACAAAUGGCCAUAGGCGGUUUGGUCCCGCCUUCGUCUCGAAAAUAUGUCGUUUGCUACCCCGAACGAGCCUUUUUUCGAUUUCGUCAAACUUUGAAUGACCAUAACUUUGUGCUCCACAAUCCGAAAAUCAUGAUUUUUUUUUAUUUCGCAUAACAUUUUAAGGACUACAAUUUUUAUCAUAGACAUAUUUUCGGAAUGUACUUGGAUUCCUGAAAAGGAAGGUAAAGUUAUUCCCAAAACCCCUUAUAUCCAUAAAUAAUUCAUUUUUUGAAAAUUCUCUCCUACUAAAUAUUUUAGUCCUUAAAAAUUUAUGCGAAAUCAAAAAAAAAUUCAUGAUUUUCGGAUUGUGGAGCACAAAGUUAUGGUCAUUCAAAGUUUGACGAAAUCGAAAAAAGGCUCGUUCGGGGUAGCAAACGACAUAUUUUCGAGACGAAGGCGGGACCAAACCUCCUAUGGCCAUUUGCGACUUGCAAGAUCUCGAAAAAUUAUGCGGAAUCAAAAAAAAUUUUGCUACGAUCGGAUAACCGAGCACAAAGUUACGUUUGUUUCAAGUUUCGACGCAGGUCAGGCCUUCACCGCGGCCGUGUACUGCAGUGAUGCAAUCACUGUCUUCGUCGAAAGCGGUGAUGCAAUCACUGUCUUCGUCGACAACAGUGAUGCAAUCACUGUCUUCGUCGACAACAGUGAUGCAAUCACUGUCUUCGUCGACAGCGGUGAUGGCCCAAACUAACGUAGAUUGGGAAUUAUUUUCAUAACGUGUGUAUUUUGAGAUUUUUUUUUAAAAAGAUGUGUAACUUGGGAUUUUUUCCCUUUUUUGUUCCGAACUUUAACGUAAAAGACGAUUUUGUCCUGUCAAAUGAAAUAGUUUUGUUCUAAUUUUUGCUUAAUGUGACAGGACAAAAUUUACCCAUUUCUUUCAGACAAACAGUUUUUUUUGUUUCCUUCUUAAAGUUCAGGACAAAAUUGGUAUUGUCCCUUCCAACUUAUGGCAUAUGGAUGUAUAUGUUUUCUAUCGCAUCUGCAGUCAGUGAGUAGUGAAAAGUAAAUUUAUUUCGUACUUUUUUCAUCUUUACUUAUCCUCACGUUUUGUUGAAUAUGUACAGAGAGGCUUUGGGGGAGUACCAGACCAAAUUCCACGAUGUGAAACUGGGCUUGGCUAGGGCCAUGUCCCUAAACCUAGGGCAAGAAGUGUCCUAUAUCGAGAAUGCUUUCAGUCUGGAGUCAGGUCUCGACGUCGCUGCUAUGAAUUUUUAUCCACCAAACUUGAAUUCGAAGGGCACCAUCCGGCUGGCUGACCACACCGAUCCUGGCUUCAUCAUCUCCCUCGUCCAAAACUUGGACGGUGGCCUUCAAAUCCUAACCCAUCAAGGAAAAUGGGUUAACGUCCACAUCCCUCCCAACGCCAUCCUAAUCCAAGUUGGGGAACAUUUGGAGGUAUAUAUUAUACAGUAGUAGUAGUAUACGACCAAAUCAUUAAGUAUGAAAACCCCAAAACCAAACCGUUAAGGAUCUAAUAAAUAUCACCAUUAUAUAAAAUUAAAAAAAAAACUUUCCCUUGGAUGCACCUAGGGGUGUCAGUUCGGGUCGGGUUCGGUUACCCGAAACCCGAAAACCCAAAACCGAAAACCAUUAAAACGGAACCCGAACCCGAUAAGGACUUGCGGGUUCCGGUUACCCGAAAUCCGAAAAUUCCUUAUCGGGUUCGGGUUCGGUUAAAUCAAAACCGAAACCCGAAAACCCGAACGUCUAAGAAUAUGGGUUGAGUUCUAUUCAUUGGAGGUUUUUAGCCGGAACCCGAAAAACCGAUAAGCAAAACCAAACCUGAAACCGAAAAACCCCGAACCCGAAAUGAACCCGAACUUGAAAAACCGAAAAUGUAUAUAAUCGGGUCGGUUUCGGGUAAACCCGAAAAACCGAACCCGAAUGGACACCUCUAGAUGCACCUUUCAUUUAUAAGAAAAAAGAAUGUUGUCUUACGUUUACCUAUCAGAAAAGCAUGUAAUAAUUAAUGAGCUUAUUUCAGAACUCAUGAACUUUUCAAUUUACAGGUUCUAACAAAUGGCAAGUACAAGAGUCGCAUCCAUCAUGUGACGGGCAACUACAAGGCAAAAAGGGUCACCCUGGUCACACUUCAUGGGCCAUCUGCAGACAAAUUUGUUGCUCCGGCGCAAGAAUUUGUGGACGAUUCCCACCCGCUGGCUUACCGUGGAAUGACAUACUCGGAUGGGUUGAAAUCCAAUGAUAAUCAUGAGAUUGAAGUUCAAUCAUGCAUCGCACAACACAGAAUUCUUCUACCCUACUGAAUGCUUUAUGUGUAUGGUAUAUAUCAUCACCAUGUCAUUUAUACCAACUCCAGGGGUUCAUAUAUAUAUAUUUUAUAUGUAUUUGAUUUGGGUUAUAUGUAUAAUAUGCCCUUUUACUAUGUCGUUUUCAUCAAACAUGUCGCUUUACUACAUUUUACAUCAAACAUGCCCCUGUACUUUGAAAAAAUGAUCAAACAUACCCUUCUGUUAAAAUUUUCAUUAAAAAAAUCGUCAACCACGGUUGAACCGAGAUUUAGACGACCCGACAUCGGUAAAUGGGAGGGAAAAUAUCAGUUUUGUCCCCCAAUUUAUCUCUCUAGAUCCCGUUAAAGUAAAUUAUUAGAGAUAUUUGGCUCUAAAAAGAACCAAACAAUUCUAAAGUGAAAUUAUCAAGGAUAUUUUAGACAUUUGCGUCACUCAUACCAAGAUUCAUUCGUGGUUGACGAUUUUUGAAUGAAACUUUUAAUAAAAUGGCAUAUUUGAUAAUUUUCCCAAAAUAGAGAGGCAUAUUUGAUAAAAUGACAUAGUAAAAGAGCAUAUUACACAUAUAACCCAUUUGAUAUUUAUCGAUGGUUGCUUGUUUGUUUAGUAAUGUUCACCAUAACUUCUACGGAGAAAUUAACUAGUCAUGCUGCGCUCUAUAGGUCAACUACAUUGCAUGCGCCAAUCAAUCAAUCAAUUAUAUUAAAUCCUAAGUGAUUCAACUGUUCCUUACGAUUUUUAGCAAACCAUCUUAAUUUCAGGAUUACUGUUCAUGGGAUGUGUUAUGGUGUGACAACACCCACAAUUUUGCGGCGGUCCAUUCCCUUAUUAACCCAACCCCUUUUCCGUGUUCGCAUAUUUAAUUUGACUGUUCCAACCCAGUAAUGGCUUUGGGGGAAUAAGAAAUUUGGUUGCCUCAAGUUUUGAGAAUGCAGACAGUUUGGAAGAGGUUAACUAAUAAUAUGUGUUAGUUGUACGAAAGUACUUAGCAUGUAUUGUAAAAUCGUAAUAUAUGUUAGUUGGAAGAGGUAAUUAAAUCCUUAGUAUUAA